GAAAUCAGUUAUGGAUUUCAUUAGAAUCUGUAUAUUACUGGUUCCCAUAUUCUGGAAAAUAUCGGAUGCCGUACCGAUACAACGGCAAUUGUUAUCAAAGAGUGAUGAGUUUAUCGGUCGCUGUAAGUAUACUUUGAUAAAAGAUUGCCGCGAUGGCGUCUCUCCAGAGUUUGAUGUCACUGCCGAGAUGCACGAGGAUGGACUGACCGAGGACGGUUUUCCGUCGAUUAAUAUCAUUGGAGUGGAAGUACUGGUGCAUGGUGAUCGUCAUAUAAAACUGGAUGCUGCUGGCACAGUGACGGUCGACGGAAAAGUUAUCACAAACUUUCCAUACAUCGUUGAUGACAAAGACGGGGAUGGCGAGUUAGCCGAGUUGACACAAAAAGACGGUAUAACGAGCAUAACACUAAAAAGAGUUAAAUCUGGAUUGACUUGGAACCACGUGCUUCAUGUGUUUGGAACUAGUCUCACUGGAGGAGAGUUUAAAGAACAUGUCUGUGGCCUGUAUAGUGUGUUUUAUGGCGGCGAAAAAGAGGCGAUUUUGGCAUCGAAUCCAAAUUAUCAUAAAACCUGGGAAAUACCUGGAAGCUGUAUUCCUGACUAAAUGAAAGCCUUCGGCGGAAAAGAGACCCUCACUUUUAUAAGCUAUAAUGAUGUUCAAGUGAAAAAAUUACCCAACAAAGAACUACGGGCAUGUAAUUUUGUCUUUACUCCAAUGGUGCCCUGUAAUGCCAAACUCUUCUAUUGCAAUUAUAAAAGUAAAGUGG